AUGGAGAGUGCAGAACUUUCCACUCCCUCCUCCUUGGCUUCCUCCUGGGGUUGUGGGCUUUCAGUCAACCCCAGUUAUAACGGAGGGGAGCCCAAGCGCUCCCGAACCGCCUACACCCGGCAGCAGGUCUUGGAGCUGGAGAAGGAAUUCCACUUUAACCGCUACCUGACCCGGCGGCGCCGCAUCGAGAUCGCCCACACGCUCUGCUUGUCUGAGCGCCAGGUCAAGAUCUGGUUUCAGAACCGCCGCAUGAAGUGGAAGAAAGACCACAAACUGCCCAACACUAAGAUGCGCUCCUCCAACUCGGCCUCGGCCUCAGCAGGCCCGCCAGGGAAAGUACAGAGUCCAAGCCCGCACCCGCACCCGCACCCCCACCAGGGUGCCUCCACACCCAUGCCCUCCGCCAUAUGA